AUGGAGUUUAAAUACCAGUUUUAUCAACCCAAGUACAAUGUUAAUCGGAAGGAUACAAAAGCUUUCCGAAUUCCUAAUCAUAAUAACUAUCUUCUGAAGAAGAAAAAUGAUAAAUUAGUGAAGAAAGAAGAGCUUUACAAGCAGGAAAAAUCUAAAUCUCAAAGACCAUUUAUCAGAAAUUCUCAAAAAUUUAAUGUAAAUGCAAGGAUAAAUUUCAAAAAUACUAACAUGCAACCAAUGCUGGCAUGGAAUGAAAAUACACAGAAGAAGUUAGACUCAACACCGAAACUCAAAAAUACUCUGAGUUAUAAUAAAGUAGGAAUAAAGAGAAACGAUACUUCUAGUAGAAGAAGAAAUCCAUACGGUAGCAACAGGAAAUUCUCUGAUCUGAAAGCAAGUAGCGAUUUUACCAAAAUGAUGCUAACCGAUUCAAAUAUUGGACUAUUCUCUAAGAUAAGCCAUAACAAGAAAGAUUACUCCAGCAGAAAAUAGUUCAGAAAAUAAGAUAAAGACUAUAAAUAUGGCUGCUAAUAAAACAAAAUCUAUUUUUAAGGAUUAUAACAUUCCGGAUAAGAUCUCAUUGCCAUUUCUCGAAGGUUUAUUACAGAAGAAGACAAUAGAGAAGUCUUGAGAGGACCAAAGACUUCCACGAAAAACUCUAAUUAUUUCCAGAUUUGAAGCAAAGAACAUAUAUUCUUCAGUAACACCAAGUGCAGAUUCUACUCUACAAAAAUCAAAUUCUCAAGAGAGUAAGAUACAGAAGGAGAGUAGUGCUGUUACAAUUCAAAGCGGCAACUUCUGUCAACCUAAAAAUAUUGUUAAUAUGAGAUCUUGGGAACUUAAGAAGAAUUUAAAAUCCCCUGAAGCUACACAGAUUGACUAUAAUUAUCAGAAAGAUAUCAAAAUCUCUCAAAGCCAAAAGACUUCUACAAAAGAGAAGGGCAUUUUUAGCGCUACCAGGAAUAAGAGAAGACAGUUACAAGAAGUAAAAUAAAGCUAUUAGAGCAGUAAAGAAAGUCCAUACUAAAAAAUUUAAGAAAAAUAUUAAAGCAUCUCGCACUCAUCAUGGUCAGUGGUGAAAUUGACAGAAUCAUAAAAAGCCAAAUACAGAUAAGCCUAAAAGAAAACUCAAAGCUGUAAAGCUUAAAAAUCAACCCACAAAACCCAAGAGUCCACCUGCAGAUAUAAAAAUAUCGCCUCCAAUAGAUUUCUUCGAUUUCGGGAAUAAAUUUAUUUUUGAUAAAUAAAUUCUGCAAUUGGUAAGUUACCAAAACUCAAUUUGAGGAAGAUAUUCAUGCUAUAAACUUU